AUGAAGAAAAUAAUAAAUACCCCUUAAAACCCAAGUGUAAAUAUUUAACCCAGUGUGACUCCAGUGCAAUAAGACAAUCCUUAGCAACAACAUGAGAACAUGACAAGUAAACAUGAGAACCUGACAAGUAAGUUCAGUGCUAUUAAGAAGUUGGAUAUGGUUAUUGUCCGUGAGAGGGGGGCAGAGAGUUCAGGAGCCUCACAGCCUGUGGAUACAGGCUGUUGGCCAGUCUGGAUGUUCUGGCCUGUAUAGACCUGUACCUUCUCCCUGAGGGCAGCAGGUGGAAAAGGUGGCGCGCAGGGUGAUGUUGGUCCCGCAGAAUACUGUGCACCCGUCUCAGACAGCGAGUGGGGAAGAUAUUACUAAUCUCUGGCAGACUUAUUCCAAUAAUUCUGCCAGCUUCUUUCACCACCCUUGGUGCAGCUGGGGAACCACACUAGAAAUCCAUACGUCAGAACGCUGCUGAUGGCACAGUUGUAGAGGUUCAACAUCAGAGAUCUGGGAAUGUGUGCGCUCCGCAGUCUCCUCAGGUUGGAGGCAACGCAUCUCAGGAACUGAAGAAGUUACUCCUGGUGUUGGUGAUGACUCUGCCAGGAUCACCAGCAAUCCAGUAUGAUAAAGACAUGGAGAAAACAAAGGAAAAGGGCAAAAUGAACCGUGCAGCCCUUCAGCUCUUCUCCUCCCUCAGCUUCUCCAAAGCCAGAGAAGAAGCGCUUCAAUAUGGCAGUUUCACCUUCCUCCCUUUCAACACCUCGUCAUCCUCCAACUCCUCUCUUUCCUCUCCUUUAUCUCCCCCAAUUCUUGCCUUUCUACGCUCCUGGGGUUGUGUCCACUUCCUUGUUCUGCUCAACUUCGAGUUUCAGCCUCAAAGCCUGGAUCCUGCCUGGGCCUCGAGCUUGCCUGAUGCCGGGCUGUUUGUAGCCAGCACAGGGAUGGAUCGUUUUGGGUCCACAUCUCUCUACAGUCUCAGACUGCAGCCCCACGAAGCCAUCGUAGUCAAACUUUUUGAAGCACAAAACUAUUUGUAGAGUUUCUGUGGUCGGGUUUCAGUAUAUCUCAAACCACAGUGAUGCAGCUGUUUUUUAAAAAAAUUCUCAUUUGUGCUCAGAAGUCACUGAAAAUAAAGUCAUUGUUUUGUGUGGCAACAUUUGUGGUUCCCCUUCAACCACUGGGAUCUGUAAUAUAUGUAUAAUAUAGCAUGACUGUAUGAACUCAGAUAACAAGUAAAUCUUGAUUUCACAUCACAAAAUUUUGUUUUGUGUGUGUUUAAAGAGUUAAAAUGAUACUCA